AAAACAGCUGCACGUGUGCGCAUGCGUACUAAGUGUUCAGUCUGGCCGUGCGCGAGGGAGGCGGCCUAAGCAGUAAUGGAGCCGUGGCAGAUUUUCUGCUUCUUCAAGCUUCUCCAGGAAAGUGUACAUUUACUACAUUGCUACCGUGUCCAACAGAGUCCCAUUGCUUACCAAAGUCUACUUUCACAUAUUACAAAUACAUAUUCAAUCCACAUUUAAACGACAGCUUCGUUUUGAAGGGCGAGCGGUUAGCUAAAGUAGCUAUGCUGCACUACAUGGUAUUGUUGUCAUGUAAACGAGCCUCACAUUGUAUUUCACAGGUUGGAAAUCCGAUGAGACCUUAAACUCUCUGCUUGCUGCUGAAAAAAAAUCUCCAAAUUAGCCUUCAUGUCAUUAGUGUCACCACUUUAUUAUUUUACAAUUUCCCACACUGCUGUGCUAGCAGCUCCAGUUUGUGGAUACUGUAAUCGUGGGAAAAUAAUGACAGUUAUCAGUCGCACCCACCAAGUGCCCAUAAAAAUGUGUCCUCUGUUCUGGAAGAUGAUAAUUAUUGGUUGUACCGCCAUUAUCAUUGUUGAUAGAGGAAGUCUUGAAGCAUUUUUUUCCCCCACUAAAGUAAUAAUCCCGGGGAAAUCACUUCAAAUUGGCCUAUUUUAGGGAGAGGGGGGUGGGCAGCAAGGGGACCACUUUUGGUUAUAUUUGAGAGAUUCUUUAAAUUCAGGCAGCACACUGGCAUCUGUGCACAUCAUGCUCUCACAGUGGGUGUUUUCUUUUUUGUUUUGCUUUUUUUGCAACUCGCUUGGUCCUUAUUUGAGUCCAAUGAUGUAAUUGGGCUGCUAAUGACAGCGCGGGAAUUUAAUGAGUUAUUCAGGUGGGAGAUGGAGGCAGCAGCAGCCCGGCGAUGCUUCGGCUCCGUGCACCACUGCAGCCUGCAAGACGAGCCCAAAAUGAUCAUCUCCGCCUGGAUACACUUUGCUGCUUCUUCUUCUUCUUCUUCAUUUUUAAGCACGUGCAUCCUCUCUGCAUGGAUUCAUCUCCCCCUGAUCUCCCCAGUUGCUCCGAGACGGGCCAAUUGGCUGGCCUCGUGGAACGAGUGGACCAAUCAGCGGUCGCCUGUGAUGAAUAUUCAUGAGUGCCAGAUUCAAACCUUUGGGGGAGUUUAUCUCGGUCUCCAGCAUCAUACCUGGGACUUUUCACGGGCACAAACUGCAUUUUCUUAUGAAUGGACGGAGAAAAAAGCGGUUCGACUUAAAUUGGGAGCCCUCCUGGUCUGGACUCAAACAACAAAAGCCGGAGGAGGACGGGAGCCGCCGGAAGAGAUGACAAUGACUACCAUCCCAGAAAGUCUGAACAGUCCCGCCUCAGGAAAAAGCGUUUUCAUGGAGUUUGGACCUCCGAGUCAGCAAAUGUCUCCGUCCUCCAUGUCCCACGGACACUACCCGGUACACUGUUUACAUUCUGCAGGCCACGGCCAGCACGACAGCUAUAGCCCGGGCCCGAACUUCCCCCGAACCCUAGCCUACCCGUACAUCAACUCGGUGGGCAACCAUUCCAGCAGUCCGUACCUCGGCACGGUCCAAACGUACCAGAACAGCACGGCACUGCCUCAGACCCGGUUAGAGGAUGCAGCGCCAGAAGCAGGCAAGAACACGGUGGUCGAAGGCGGAGAGGUUCGCUUCAACGGGAAAGGGAAAAAGAUCCGAAAACCCAGAACCAUCUACUCCAGUUUACAACUUCAAGCUCUCAACAGGAGAUUUCAGCAAACCCAGUAUUUGGCCUUACCGGAGAGAGCCGAGCUCGCAGCGUCUCUGGGACUCACCCAGACACAGGUGAAGAUUUGGUUUCAAAAUAAGAGGUCGAAGUUCAAGAAACUGAUGAAGCAGGGCGGGGGCACGAUUGACACGAACGCUUUGGCCAGUGGCCGUGGACUCUCCAGCGGUUCCCCCACCGUGUCUCCCGUCUGGAGCACGCCGACCGCCGUGAAGACGUCGGUGGGCACGAGCGGGUCUUACAUCCCGGCCUACACGUCGUGGUACCCCGGUACGCACCAGGAGUCUAUGCAACAGUCCGCCCAGCUCAUGUGAACUCACAAGUCGACUGGAGGGGGGUGGGGGGCAUUGUGGACACGUCAUGAUGCACAACACCGACUGUGAGUCCACCUCAUACCGGAACCAGACCGUGAAGAAAAAGCUGAGACACUUGAACGAGGAGCUUAUUUCACAUCCGGAUCAUUUCCCAUUUUUUGGCUGCUCUUUAUCAUCACUUCUAUAUUUCAGAGCAAUGCUGUUUUCACGCAGCGGGCUACAAUACAUCACCUGUUUGUUUCUUGCGUUGCCAUGGUGAUCGCUGUGCAUCCACGAGGAGACUUUUCCUUCCUUGCACCAAAUAUUGAUCACAUUGACGCACGUGUUAUCAUAGAGCCUAUUGUACAAAGCCUAAAGUGUUGUUUAUGUGCUUAUUAUUUAAGUUAAAUUAUUGGGACACGUUUUGUUUCGCUUCUGUUGAGGCCAGUCUUGUGUUGGUUUGUGUGUUUAAAUGAGACAACGUUGUGCUGUUGUUGCUGCACUAACGCAAUUUUUUCCUUGCAAUGACCACGUGCGAAGAGAAAAGGGAAGUUCUGAAGCUGCUCCACAAACGAACGCGAAAUCCCCCCCCCCAACCCCCCAACAUGAGACGAGCAGCUCGUUUUUGUCACUGUAUUUUGUAGAUUCAUUUUUUUUAAGAAAGAAAGAAAGAAAGAAAGAAAGAUGUUUUGUGCUUUACUGGCUGUGAAAGGUUUUAGGCUUAUUGCUGUAUGUGUUUUAGUCCACAUAGAAAAGAUUUACUUUUGUAUUGAUCUCUUUAAUUUAUUGGCUCUACAUAUGUACAUAAUGUGCACAAUUUCACAAAGCAGUAAAAGGAUUUAAAUUAUGUGAAGAAGCUUGUGUGAGAUGCGCUCUUUCAGACUCCCAACAA